AUGAUUGGGCAAUUAACAGAUUCACGAUGGCCAUCGGGUGGGAGGAAAACUCAAGAGGCCAACAACAUAGCAAUACAUGUCACUCCACCCGAUGGCGAAGAAGAUGACGAGAUAGUACCACCGCUUCGGCCGCGGAGAAAACUCAGCAGCCCGCUAAGUAGUAUGCCGAUCGCCGCCGAUGGCUUCGUCUGUAGCCCUGCACCUCGAUCACUGUCUCCAUUGGACCGCACGAAGAGGCGUUUCAGUACUAUGGUCUCCAGCGCCGCCGCUGCGGCGGUCUCCCGUCGGCUCUCCGCCACCAUAGGCUGGUGCCUCGCCUCACCCACGCAAGUCAAGCCGCAAAUCGUUCGUCAGGGCCGCGCUCUGUGUUUGCAGUACAUCAAAACACAAAUACGAAGAUCGUCUACAUGUCCAAAAAAGCAAAUUGUAUUGAAACGGCUGCAACAAAUGCUGGAAACCGAGUGUGGUGAGGAAGCCGUGUCUAAUACGGAAAACGGAGUACUGGCCGCGCUCCGUGCUCUGUGCGCCGCUCUCGAGAGAAAACGCCCGGACGCCUUCCGUCACGUGGCUAGGCAAGCGACUCGCGCACCCUCCACUAUGCUCCGUUCCGACACUGCCUUGGCUGAGCUUGCACUUGCUCUUGCGAGGCGAAUUACGAGAGAAAACAUCACCUGGUCGAAGAUAGCAGCGGUGUAUUGUGUAUGCGGAGCUUUGGCGCGCGAGGCUGCAGAAGCAUCUGACAGUGAACCUUCUCUUGAAUUAGUGACGGCACCUGCAGCAGCUAUAGCUGAUUUGCUGCACGAAGAACCAGGAUCGUGGAUUGCAGCUCACGGGGGUUGGAACGGGCUCAUCGAGCGCUUACGCGCCAGCGAACGUGAUCAGCGAUCUGAGAAAACCCUCCGUGUCAUGGUGUCGUUCUUCGUAAUGGCUUGUUUGUUAUUGCUUCUUUUGAGAUGGGUUAUCCAAGGACACCCGGCAUACUACGCC